AUGGUUGUACAGAACAGCACAGACUCCAAGGACACCAGGGUGGGUGUGCAGCUGGAGCCCUUCCUGCACCAGGUCGGGGGACACAUGAGCGUGAUGAAAUAUGACGAGCACACCAUAUGCAAGCCCCUCGUCUCCCGAGAGCAGAGGUUCUACGAAUCCCUGCCACUGGCUAUGAAGCGCUUCACCCCACAGUACAAAGGAACUGUCACAGUGCACCUCUGGAAAGAUAGCCAGGGCCAUCUCAGCCUGGUGGCCAACCCACUGAAGGAGAAUCAGGAGCCCUUCAAGGUCUCCACAGAGUCGGCGGCGGUGGCCAUCUGGCAGACACUCCAGCAGACCACCAGUGGUAGUGGCAGCACCUGUGUCCUCGCCCAGCUGGCAUGCUCACCCAAGGAGAGCCCAAUGAAGGUACCCCUGAGGCCCCAGUCCCACCCCAACACUCAAGUCUCCUUGUUGGUGGACGAAGAUGUUAACGGGAACCAGGUGGAAAAGAAGAGCUUUAACCCAUGGGGCCUGCACUGCCACCAGGCCCACCUGACCCGCCUGUCCUCCGAGUUCCCCGAGAACAAGCGGCACCGAUUCCUGUUGCUGGAAAACGUAGUGUCACAGUACACGCAUCCCUGUGUCCUGGACCUGAAGAUGGGGACCCGGCAGCACGGGGAUGACGCGUCUGAGGAGAAGAAGGCCCGCCACAUGAAGAAGUGUGCACAAAGUACCUCGGCCCGCCUGGGCGUGCGCAUCUGCGGCAUGCAGGUUUAUCAAACGGAUAAGAAGCACUUUCUCUGCAAAGAUAAGUACUAUGGAAGAAAACUCUCAGUGGAGGGGUUCAGACAAGCCCUCUAUCAGUUCCUGCAUGAUGGAACCCGCCUCCGCGUGGAGCUCCUGGGGCCCAUCCUGAGCCAGCUGCAGGCCCUCCUCUCCGUCAUAAGGAGCCAGAGUUCAUACCGGUUCUAUUCCAGCUCUCUCCUCAUCAUCUAUGAAGGGCAGGAGCCAUCAGAAAGAACCUCAGGCAGCCUGCAUCCCCAGGAGGCUCCCCAGGUGACCCACAGCAGCUCUCCCAGGGGUCUCGCCAAGGUGGACAUCCGCAUGAUUGACUUUGCUCACACAACAUACAAGGGCUCCUGGAAUGAGCACACCACCUAUGAUGGACCAGACUCUGGCUACAUUUUUGGCCUUGAAAACCUCAUCAGGAUCCUGCAAGAUAUCCACGAGGGACAAUGA